AUGGAAUUGCUAGAUGUUAUGAAAAGUUUGAGUAUUAAAACUGUGCCUCUUGCAAAAGAUCAGACUUUUUUCAAGUCUGUAGCUGUUGACAUUGAUGAAGUGCCUACAGAAAUAGUUUAUGGGGGUUUCUCGGAUAAAGAUAUGCUUAUUGUUUCACAAUAUCACAAAAUGGGAAGUCUGUUCAUGAUUACAAAAGACCAAGUACAGAAUCCUCUCUGUACCAAUGAUAUUUAUACAACAAAGGUUAUUUUUGGUACUUCAGGAGAAGAGCAGCAAGUGACCGCACGGCAUCUGGCUGAGUUGAUACAAGGAGACAAACCUGUUUGCAUAUUUUUAAGUCUUAAAUCAUAUGACAUUGAAACAGUUAAGGCUUGUAAGGAUAUUAUCCUCGAAUUAAAGAAAGACAUCAAGUAA